GUCAAAAGUUCACCGAAACCAACUUCGAAAAUUCAGUUUCAGCUACCGACUUCUCUCUCUCUUGGAGAAAAUAGCUGCAGCCUGCAGGACAUGGAAGUCGAAGACGGAAAGAAAAAACAGGAGGGAGUAUUCUACCCAUCUCGGCGUAUGCCUCCGGAGGCAAAGUUGGCAGCAAUUGCUGUGGAACUAAACAUACGGCUGAAAUCGGCCGAUAUGCCGGCAACCAUGCAAGAGAGAGCGUUCCGACAGGCCAGAGCACUUCUUGAUGCCGCCUCAAACAAUUCACGGCCUAACCCCACCCUCAUGGCUCUCGCUCUCAAGAAGGAAUUCGAUGCGUUGUACGGCCCAGCCUGGCACUGCGUUGUUGGGAAGAGUUUUGGAUCGUUCGUCACUCACUCGCGAGGAGGGUUCCUCUACUUUUCGAUCGACAAGUUUUGCUUUCUUCUCUUCAAAACGGAAGUUCAACGAGUCACCGAGCCACGUCCUCUUUGAUAGGAUUCUAGCCUUCUAGCUAGUUUGUCUUGAUAUUACCACAGUCCGGAUCUGCUAGAAAAAGGGGUGGACUGAAUCUGAAGUGAAGUGGCUGAACCUGAAACUGAAUGAGUUACCGCUUUGUUUAGUGGCUAAAAUAGUUAUAUAGCAAAAUUUCUGAGUAUAGUGUAGACUGUUUAGUUAUCAAUUCAACGAAGCUCCGUUCGGCCAUUAAGGAGCUCACAACCUA